AUGGAUGACUACCUUGUUGAUGCUUUCAUGGAACAAUAUAAUUGUGGCAACAAAGUAAAUGGUACUUUCACAACCACUGCAUAUGAGAAUAUUGUGAAAGAGAUGAGUGCUUUGCUUAAUGUUGAAUUAGACAAAGAGAAGAUUAAGAACAGUGGGUUCGCUUGGAACUCAUCAACCCAGUUAUGGGAGGCAGAAGAUCAAGUUUGGGAUCAACUUAUUGAGUCAAAGCCUAAAGCUGCAAAUUGGAGAUAUAUUCCUUUUCCCAACUAUGAUAAGAUGGUGACUUUAUACGGAAAUGACAGAGCAUCAGGGGAGGGAACUCAUACUACAGGUGAAAUGCGAAAGAGACGUCACUCAAUCAAUGAGGAUGAUUUUAUUGAUACAUUCAACAACACUGAUAAUAUUGCUUCCCAACAUAAUGUCAACAUAGAGCAUUUUGAAGCACUUGAUAAUAGUAUCAAUCAAGAUACCUCAAUUGGAGUUACAAGUGGUUCAUCUAAAAAGAAGCAAAAGGGGAAUUCAAAUAGAGAAAAAGACUCUGAGUUAGAUGGGAUAAAAGAUGUUAUGUCUGAAGUUGCACAAGCUAUGAAAGAUGCAAAUCAAAUAAUGAGAGACACUGUUAGAAAGCUUCCACAAUUUUCGGGCGAACAAGUAUGGAAUAUGGUUAAAGAAUGUGGCGUCGCAACAAUCUAUAUUGCUAAGAUCUAUAAAGCUCUCAUGAGUAAUGAUGGGCUACUAAGGACAUUUGCUGAAUGCCCUUUUGUUGGACGGAAGGAUUUGGUUAUGGAAAUUAUAAAUGACUUAGGAAACUGA